AUGGGAGCCCCUGAAGAAGACACCAAACACCAUGGCGACAGCGCAGAGGUCGAGGCUGCCGUCUCCCACGAUGGCCACGCCGCUGAUCUCGACGAGAAGGCAAAGGUUGCUGAUUACCGAGCGGAUGCCAUCGAGGCCGAGGCCGCAGAGCACAACAUGACGGUGCUUCAAGCCGUCCGAGAAUAUCCAAUGGCUUCCUUCUGGGCAUUUGUCAUGUCCUGCACUAUUAUCAUGGAGUCCUACGAUGUUUUCCUCAUCGGCAGUUUCCUCGCCCUGCCUGCGUUCAAGAAGGAAUACGGCCUCUGGGAUCCCGGUUCCAACGACUAUGUCGUCGAAACCAAAUGGCAGUCUGCUCUUCAAAUGGCUGGACAACUUGGUGCCCUUAUUGGCGUCUUUCUUGCUGGUCCCCUCACCAGUCGCAUUGGAUAUCGUUACGCGACAUUGACCGGACUUAUGUUCUUGAAUGCUUUCAUUUUCAUCUUCUACUUUGGAAAGUCGCUCCCAGUCUUCUUUGUUGCACAGCUUCUCGAAGGUUUGCCUUGGGGUAUCUUUAUUGCAAAUGCCCCGGCAUACUGCAGUGAGAUUGUGCCAAUCCAGCUGCGAGCCCCAGCUACUCAAAUGCUCCAGAUGUUCUGGGCCAUUGGUAGUAUCAUCGUCGGUGCCGUCACCUACGUCUAUAGUCCCCAUAUCGAUCCCAGCGCCUACAGAAUUCCCAUUGCUCUUCAAUGGAUGUUCCCCACGCCUCUUGCUGUUCUCGUCUUCUUCGCACCCGAGUCGCCUUGGUGGUUGGUGCGAAAGGGACGUCUUGAAGAGGCAGCAAAAUCGGUUGGGCGUCUUGGGCGCAAAGAGAAGAUCAACACUGGCGACGCUGUUGCCAUGAUGCGUCGUGUCGUUGAAAUGGAAAAGACCACCAAGGAGCCCGGCUUCCUGGAAUUGUUCAAGGGCACUGAUCUCUACCGUACCCUCAUUGUUUGCGGUGUUUAUGCGGCCCAGAACUUGACGGGUAACCUGAUCGCCAACCAGGCCGUGUAUUUCUUUGAGCAGGCCGGAGUUACCACAAAUACCGCCUUUGCCCUAGGACUCAUCACCUCGGCUCUGCAAAUGAUUUUUGUCAUGCUUUCUUGGAUUCUCACCACAUACUUUGGCCGACGCAGUAUCUACCUCUGGGGUUCGGCCUUCAACACUGUCCUCUUGGUGGCUCUCGGUAUUGCUGGCUCUUUUGGCAAGUCGACGGCGUCGUCGUUGGCUCAGGCAUCGUUGGGUCUCAUCAUCUCCGUCCUGUUUACCUUGGGACCUGCCCCAGCGUCUUGGGUCAUUAUCGGAGAAACCUCGUCCAUUCGUCUUCGACCUCUCACCACCGGUAUCGGUCGCGCUUCCUACUACAUCAUUGAAAUUCCUUGCAUCUUCUUGGGAAGUUAUAUGCUCAACCCAACGGGUGGAAAUCUUGGUGGCAAGUGCGGCUAUGUCUGGGGCGCCACUGGACUCAUUUGCUUGGUCACAGCCUACUUCUACUUGCCUGAGAUGAAGGGUCGCUCGUACCGUGAAAUCGACAUCUUGUUCAACCGUCGCGUCAAAGCUCGCAAGUGGAAGAAGACGGAAAUCAGCAUGGAAGAUGAUGAGUAA